AAAGGCCCCGUGGUUAUGGGUUUAUUCUGUUCAGUUGUUAGUUCACCUGCAGUUUUUAGAGUGGCCAGUAGAGGUCACCCCACCGCUUUGUAUGAGAGACUAUGUCCAGGGAGAGACGUGGGCAAAGCACCUGAGCUUUUCUGCUCCAGAUUACUGGCAGAGAAUUGGUUAUUCUGUGAGAAGUGUGCGUUAAUGAGCAACAGACCACACACACACACCCAUGCCCACGCACCUAAACCUGUAUGCAAUACCUGCUCCUCUGACAAUCCCUGUUACCUUCAACUGUGUGAAGUCAAUACAAGAGUCUGCACUAUCCUCGGUGUCUUCAUUGUCUCCCUUCUGAACAUUCAUCCGGGCCUUGAGCAGUGUUCUGGCCGACACUCCGGGGAGUGGUAGCUGCAAACCUGAACUAGCACCUUACAGUCCUUCCAGUACAAGCUAUCUAUCCAACAUUAAUGGUCCUUCGAGCCGGAUGUAAGCUGCUUCUACCCUAACAAGAUGGAUGAUAUUCAGAACUUCUCAGCUCUUGGUGCGCGCCCACGGCGUAAUGUACGGCGUCCCCUCCGCUAUGAAGCUUAUGAGACUGACUUCCCCGGGCUUGGUGCAGGUUACCAGGAGGAAAGUGAGACAGGAGGCGACACCCGUUCUUCCCACCAUCCUCCGUCUGACCCCUCUGAUGACCGCUCACACGGCCAUGUCACACCAUUGAGAGCAGAGUUAGAAGAUAUACAGCGUGAAAGGUUCCUGUUCCAGCAGUCGCAUGACGAGAUGAGAGCCGGGCUGGCUAAUUUCCAGGCCCUUCAUGCUAGUUUGCUGCAGUUGCUGGACCGUGCAGAGAGUCUGCAGCUCAGUCCACCGCCCAGAGCCCCUGCUGUUCAUCUCCAGCCACCCCCUGCUGAAGAGGAAGAGGACUGGCCUCCACCACCUCCUCCUGUUGUGUUCAAGGAGGAGUCUGUCUCCAGCCAGGGUCCAGUUGCGGACCGCAUCGAUACGAUGCUGAAAGAGCUCCAGGAUCUGAAGAGGGAGUCUAUGGCUGCACAGGAGAGUCAGAUCACCCCCCUACAUGAAUCUAGGCCAGGGUUCACUUCUCCUCAGCCAAGGAUCACCUACCCUCCAGCGCCGCCUCCGAGAGCACACCCCCCUCCAUUGCAACCACUGCCAACUCCACCCCCGUCCUCAUCUACUCCUUUCUUGACCUACAGGGGGCCUCGUCCAAGCAUUCCCAAGCUCUCACGCCGUGAUCCUGGGGAAUUUGCUCGUCUAAAGAUGGCGCUAGAGAACUUAUUGCCCCCGGAGAGUUCAGAGCUCUUCAGGUACCAAGUCUUGUUAGAUCACCUACACCUGGAGGAAGCAAAGUUGAUAGCGGACGCUUACCUCCAUUCUGCCACGCCCUUCAGUGACACUAUGAACGCUCUUAACGACAGGCUUGGGCAGCCCCACCAGCUUGCCCUGAGAAGGAUUGCUGCUGUCAUGGACUCACCUGACAUCCGCCGAGGGGAUGCAGCCGCAUUUGAGCGAUUCUCUCUCCACAUCCAGUCGCUCGUGGGCAUGCUGAAGACUUUAGGCCCUGAUGGGGAGGUCGAACUCCAGUGUGGCUCCCAUGUGGCUCGACUCCUUAGUAAGCUUCCUUCAGAGCAAAGGGCUGAUUUCCGUCGGUGCAUGUACAACCAUUCUGGUCAGGCUUACACCCUGGACGACCUGGCUACCUGGUUAAAGUAUGAAUCCUGGUGUCAGGACUAUGACGGCUUGCCCACUCCAGCGAUCACCAGAGAGAAGCCUGAUGUCAGACCAAGCAGACGCUCUGUUGCGGUUCUUCACAGUGGAGAGAGCUCACCCAGGUCACUAGGUACCACUCCAAACAAAGCUAGGCAGCAACCCUACUGCGCCUUUUGCGAUAACCGUGCCCAUCACCUGAGUCAGUGUCAGGAGGUCAUCAAGCUGAGUCGCGAACAACUCACAGACUGGAUAAAGACUAACAAGAGGUGCUGGCGUUGCGCACGCUCCCAUCAGGCAGCACAGUGUACCCUCAAGAAACCCUGCAGCCUGUGUCAGGGUCGUCAUCUGCAGGUCCUUCACGAUGUGAAUUCGAAGUUCGUAAAGCCACAUGGCUCAGUGUCUGCUCCUCCACGAGAAGGUGAGAAUCCUACGGGCGUCCUGUACCUCGAUCGUCCUACAGAGAGCGGCCAAGUCCUGUUAAAGGUUGUCCCAGUCAUCCUUCACCAUAAUGGCAAGACUUUGAGCACUCACGCAGUUUUGGAUGAUGGGUCAGAGAGGACUAUGCUGCUACCCACCGCUGCCCAGAAGCUUGACCUUCAAGGCAUUCCAGAGACACUUCCAUUGCGCACUAUCAGGCAAGAUGUGCAAACGCUGUAUGGAUCAUGUGUCUCAUUCGAGAUCUCCCCUGGUGGCAAACCUGGGCUGAAGUACAAAGUCCGCAACGCCUUCACCGCCACCCGUAUCGACCUAGCCGAGCACAGCUACCCGGUGGAGUCCUUGCAGCGGAAGUAUAGACACCUCCGAGGCCUGCCUCUCCAGUCCUUCAAGAAGGUCAAACCUCUCCUUCUGAUUGGCAGUGACCACCCACAGCUCAUCACUCCAACUGAAGCUGUCCGUCUUGGUCCACCGGGUGGUCCCGCCGCUAUGCGCACCAGGUUAGGGUGGACACUACAGGGUCCCUCCAGCCUUAUAGGUUCCUCUUCGCUGCCACAACAGUGCCUCUUCACGACCGCCAUUCCUCCCCAGGUGAGUGAGCUACUCAAACAUGUAGAGAAGCUAUGGCAGGUAGAUGUUGUCCCGGUGCCAGAAGGCAAGGUGGUUACCCGUUCAAGAGAAGAUAACUAUGCAGUUAGCCUGCUAGAGCAGAAGACAGUUCGUGUAGAUGUCGAGGGCAUCCAACGCUAUGCCACCCCCCUCCUUCGCCGCGAGAACAUGCCACACCUUAAAGCUAGCCCUAACGCUGUUGUUCCCAGUUUGAGAAGUGUGGAGAGAAGGCUCCAGAAAGAUCCAGAACGAGCUAAGAUCUACCGGGCGGAGAUAGAGAAGUUGGUCCAGGCCGGUUCGGUGGUUAAGGUGUCCCCCUCUGAGGUUGCUCAAGCAGAUGAGUCAUGGUAUAUCCCUCACCACCUUGUUAGCCACAAUGGCAAAGAUCGCCUCGUGUUUAACUGUUCGUUCCAGUUCCAAGGCCAAGCCCUCAACGAACAUCUUCUACCUGGGCCCACCCUGAGCGCAUCGCUCCUUGGUGUCCUCCUUCGCUUUCGAGAGCAUGCCGUAGCCAUCAGUGGGGACAUUAAAGGUAUGUUCCACCAGAUUCGCCUUCUUCCCGAAGAUCGUUCCCUCCUGCGGUUUGUGUGGCGGGAUCUGCACCCCGAGGAACCGGUGGCCGUUUAUGAAUGGCAGGUCCUCCCCUUCGGUACAACCUGCAGCCCAUGCUGUGCAACCUUCGCUCUGCAGCGCCACGCCAGGGACCACACGGAAGGAGAUGAUCCGCUACGUCACUCUGUGGGACAGGCUAAGAGCCCUCCUGUCUUCUGCUGGAUUUGUCCUUCGCCAGUGGGCCAGUAA